AUGGCUACAAGCUUACAGCCGUUGGAACCAGCCAAAAUCCGCUUGCCCCAUCCUUAUCUGACCACCUACCACCUAGUGGCCUCGUCCAAGAUCUUUGAAGGAACCCGGUCGUUCCAACUGCGCAAGGCCGACAACGCGGAUGAAGCUCAGCCGUUCCCUCAGGCCUUGCACAAUGAGCAACUAUAUUUCAAUGCGCUUCAGCCGGUGAUCUCCGAGAUGGCCGUGCCACCUUCCAACAACACGGCAUGGGCACGCGCGCAGCGAAGCCCGUCAUAUACUUGCAGCUGGGAAAGCGAGCCUGCCCCAACAGUCGGCCAAUUCUGGCUGUUUUUGUAUUCGAUCUUUACCGUGCAAGAAGAACUCGAGACUUUCCGUCUUCAACUGCAAGGACCAAAUGCCGACACUGUUGCGCAGGCGCUGCGUCUGUCAAUGGUGGCCAUUGACCACCCCCGGCCUGUCAGCCCUACAACCAAGUUCCAACCCACUCCCAACGAGCUGCUUGUUCUGUGCAGCGCUUUCUGGCAAGGCUGUGCCUCGCCUCUGGGAUUCCAGCCUAUCUGGCUACCCACCUGGAACACAGCCGUCCCCCACCUCGAGUAUACCAUGACCUCAACCGAGGUCGCGCACCAUCGCUCCGUCGUCUAUAGUCGUUAUAUCCCCUUCCUCGAUGAGCACUUCUCACUCGUCGCCCUCGACUACCAAGACUCCGUCCACCUAAAUCUCUUCCACACCUGGCAGAACGACCCCCGCGUAGCCAGGGGCUGGAAAGAGACCGGCACGCUGGACGAACAUCGUGAGUACCUGCGCCGAAAACAUGAAGACCCACAUACCCUCACUGUUUUGAGCCGCUUCAACGAGACCCCGUUCUCCUACUUUGAGAUCUUCUGGGCCCGCGAAGAUACAAUUGGCGCGCGCUAUGCCGCGCAGGACUUUGAUCGCGGCCGCCACACUCUUGUUGGUGAUGCCUCAUUUAGAGGGCCGCAUCGGGUCAUGGCUUGGUGGCCGAGUAUGAUCCAUUACCUCUUCCUAGAUGACCAUCGCACGGAGAAUGUGGUUGGAGAACCCCUUGCCACCAACGACAAAGUCUUAACUUAUGAUUACACGUUUGGUCUGCACCAGGAUCAAGUCAUUGACCUACCCCAUAAACGGGCCAGUCUUGUAAAGUGUACCCGGGAGCGCUUCUUCCAGCUGUGUCCGUUUAACCAGGGCACUCCGCAUAUUGCGGGGACCGGAUUGGGAUUCCAGUCGCGGGUGUAG